UUCUCGACUGUUCAUUUUCCCUCUCUCUCCACUCAGAAGAAUCUGAAAAGGCAACAGGCGUGUUCUACUUCUUCUUAACUUCUGAGUUCAUUCAUAUUUUCCUUGUUUCCAUUUGAAGAAUCUAAGAAGGGUGGUGGAGUCUUUUUUGGCACUGGUUCUUCUUCCUUCUUCUGAACUUGAUAAGUGGGCUGUUUGGAGGACAAGAUUCGUUUAAUGUUGCUCGUCCAAUUUUGUUAAGGCUGCUGCUGAUAAAGAUGACAUCAACCUUUACAUAAUCUGCCGUAUCGUGUGUUCCUGCGGUUGAAGUCUUGGGUAAUUGAGAAAGCUAUUUUGGAGGGCAGAAGUGGGUGUUAAUCUGAAUUUGUCAAUGGAGGGCAACAGAGAAGAGGCUGUAAGAGCCAAGGAAUUGUCUGAGAAGAAGAUGAAUAGCAAAGAUUAUGUGGGAGCUCAAAUACUGAUCAGUAAGGCUCAAAAACUAUACCCGAGUAUGGAAAAUCUCAGUCGAAUGCUAACUGUAUGCCAAGUACACUGUUCCACUGAGCGCCAAGUUGAACCUGGAUCAGUUCCAGACUGGUAUGACAUCCUUCAGAUUGAGCAAACUGCUGAUGAAGCAUCCAUUAAGAAGCAGUUCAGACACCUCGCCCUCCUACUUCAUCCUGAUAAGAACAAGUUUUCUGGUGCAGGAGCUGCCUUUCAAUUGAUCGAAGAAGCAAAUAGGUUUCUUUGUGACCAGUCAAAACGGUCACAGUUUGAUACGAAGCGUAGAACUAUGAAACAGAGGCAGUCUCAAAAUCAACCAAGAAUGAAUAACUAUCCGAGCAAAAAUCCUGUGAGUACCGAGAUGGCAGCACUAUUCAAGCGUAUGAAUCCUCCCCAGCAAAAACAGCAGCAACAAACCCAACCAGUGUAUGCUAAUGGCCAGCAAACAUUCUGGACUAUGUGCCCUUUUUGCAGUAUAAGGUACCAGUAUUACAUAGACAUUAUGUACAGAGCUCUCGCUGUCAAACUUGCAAGAAACCUUUCACAGCUUGUGAUUUGAAUAACCAAAGGAUGCCUGAUGGAGUUA